AUGUCCACCAAGGUCGAGCUAUACAUGGAGAUUGGAACGGUCAUAACAGAUCAUGAAUACCAUACAAGAUACAUUCUGAAGAAGCUUCUUGGAAGGGGAGCGUAUGCACAAUGCUAUCUGGCAGAGAUAGAAAAUGGAGAGCAGUAUGCCAUGAAGGUGGUCAGGCUGAAGGAUAUUAAAAGUCGGAAAGUUCAUGAGAAGUUAGAGUCGGAGAUAUCAAUACACUCCAAGCUGGACAAUCCCAAUAUUGUCAAGAUGUAUAGAUCAUUUAGAAACGAGGAAUAUGUCUUUAUGGUUCUUGAGCUCUGUGAGAGAGGGGCGCUGGAUGCCCUGCUGAAAAGAAAUGGAAAGCUGAAGGAAAGGCAUGUGGCGAGAUUUGUUAAACAGACUGUUGAGGGCCUGAUGUACCUUCAUGACAGUGUUAAUGUUGUGCAUAGAGACUUAAAGUUAGGGAACCUGUUUCUGGACUCUAAAUUCAAUGUGAAGAUAGGAGACUUUGGGUUGAGUGCAGUGAUAAAGGACGGGGAGAAAAAGAUUACUAUGUGUGGAACACCGAACUAUAUAGCACCCGAGGUUCUGUUUGGAAAGGCGAGCGGACAUUCUUUUGAAGCAGACAUAUGGUCUCUGGGGGUGAUUAUAUACACAUUACUUGUUGGUGUUCCACCGUUUCAGAAAAAGAACGUGGAGGACAUCUACAAGAUGAUAAAGCUCAACAACUAUAUAUUCCCGGAAAACUGCGAUCUUUCGAGCGAGGCGAUUGACCUCAUAACACAGAUACUGAACACAAAUCCUCUUGAAAGGCCAACCUUGGAGCAUAUUCUUGGCCAUAAGUUCUUGUCAAGGAAGGAGCACUUUUUGAUGAGGAUCUACAGGAACCUGAUGAUCAACAAAACACAGGAAGGGGUUAUCGAUACAGAUUAUGUCCUUUUCAGUAUCCCUGUGACAAAACUAAGAGGGAUCGGGUAUGUUCUGAAGUCCGGGGUUUAUGGGAUAUAUUUUAGCGAUCAUAGGAAUCUGAUGUUGAAGCCGAACAAGAAGAGUGUGAUAUACCUAAGCUCGGCUAUGGAGAGUGGAAAAAGGGUGUUUUAUAAGGAAGAGCAUCUUGUUGAGAAGAUACCUGGAGAGAUUCUGGAAUCAUACAAAGGAUUACAGUAUUUCAUCAGAACAUUUGACAACGGGUUUAGCUUUCUGGAUGUAGAGCCUUGCUUCAUUGUGAAGAUAAGGAAGAUAGAUUGUGGGUUUUUGUUUGUGAUGGCUGACAGUACCAUUGUGUUUGAUUUUGUUGAUGGGUGGAGGGUAGUGCUAUCCAGGUGUGGAGAAAGGGUCUCGUGCUACAACGGGCUUGGGCUUGCCUCAUUUAAUCAAGAGAUAAGAAUGAAAUGCAUAAGGAUUCUGAAGAACUGCCUCGGAUGUGAAUGA